AUGUGGACGGAGAGCUUUGUUGCCGGGCCAGCCUCCCCGCACUCCCCUCUCACCCGGUCUCUUACUCCUCUUACUCCUUGUCCUAUUCCUACACCUCCCACUCCUUGUCGCCCUUCUCUUCUACCUCUUCCUCCUCCUCCCCCUCCUCUUACCCCGUCGCCGCCCACUCCUCUUCCUCGCAUUGUGUCGCGUGUAACAACUAGUGUGAGCCACGCCGCGGUCCUCCAUGCACGCCCGUGGCCACGCACCUCCCUGAGUGUGUCGUGGUGUGAAAAAUGUCCUAAUUAUCCUGAGCCAGAUCCGCUGAGGCCCCGCGCAAAGAUAAUUACCAGGAAGAGACGCCCGCGAGCCUUCCAUUCCCGCCCCGAUGCCCCGCCGCCCGAGGUGUGGCCCGCCGCCCUUAGAGAUCCUUUACUCCUGGCGGCCCUUGACUCUCGGAUUCCCUUCAGAAGACACGUACCGGCAGGACCUGAGGGCACCAAUUUAAUUCACAUAUGCAGGAGGACGAGUGGGAAAAAGUGCAUCAGAAUAACACAGCCCUCAGGCUACACUUCGUCCCCACAGCCACACCCACAACCCCCCAACGCACCUCAGCCAGUCCCUUUAGCACAUUCCAACUCCCCUCUCACUCGGGAUCAAAGGAUUCAGUGUGGUGAUCCAAAGAUGAUCGAGAACACACAUAUAUCCAUCCCUUGA